AUGUUCUUUACACUCGUUACAGCUGCACUUGCAGCGUCUACCGUUUUCGCUUCUCCUAUUGCCAAUACCAAGGUCGUUCACGAGAAGAGGGAUGUUCUUCCCAGCGGCUGGAACAAGCGCAGCGAGCUCCACAGACGGGCCAUCCUGCCGAUGAGGAUUGCUCUCGCUCAGAACAACCUUGAGAAGGGCGGCGACUGGCUGCACGAAGUUUCUGACCCCGAAUCCGACCGCUACGGCAAGCACUGGUCGGCCAAGGAGAUCGCUGAAGCCUUCGCGCCCAGCGACGACACCGUCAGCGCUGUCAAGAGCUGGCUGGCAUCCCACGGCAUCGGCAACGAUCGCAUCAAGCACGGUCAGAGCAUGGGUUUCCUACAGUUCGAUGCUUCUGUCGACGAGGCCGAGAACCUCCUCAACACUAAGUACAACGUUUACCAGCACACCGACAGCAAGCAAUCGCACGUUGCUUGCGAGGAAUACAGCAUCCCAGCCGAACUCUCCGAGCACGUCGAUUUCAUCACUCCCACCGUCCACUUCGAUGCUCCGAUCAAGAGGCACGACAAGCGCGAGCCGAUGGAGAAGCGUGCCAUCAGCCCUGGCGUCGAGAAGGGUCUCGGUGAGCCCGGCUCGCCAUCCCUUCCUAAGCUUGGUGCUACGAUGAAUGGUGCCGACAUUCUGGGAAGACUGAAGAACUGCAACACGCAGAUCACGCCCGACUGCCUCCGAGCACUGUACGACUUCCAGCACGGCCACCUCGCGCUGAAGAAGAAUGCCUACGGUAUCGUUGAGUACACCCCACAGGCAUAUGUGCCAAGUGAUCUGGACCUUUUCUUCCGCCAGUUCGCGAAGAAGGCUGUUGGCGAGCGGCCCGUGCUGGACUCUAUCGACGGUGGUGUGGUCCAGCAGACUAACAUGUCGUUUGGUUUUAACGGCGAGUCUGAUCUUGACUUGGAGUACGCUAUGAGCUUGGUCUACCCGCAGAACGUCGUUCUGUACCAGGUUGGUGAUCUUGUCGAGGGCGCUUCCUUCAACAACUUCCUUGAUGCCAUCGAUGGGUCCUACUGCACCUUCCGAGGAGGUGACAGCCAGCGCUUCGAUGCCGUGUACCCGGACCCCUACGGCGGCUACCAGGGCCCGCAGAACUGUGGUGGGUUCGCCGCCACGAAAGUCAUCAGCACAUCCUACUCCUACAACGAACACGACCUCACCCCCAUCUACGAACGCCGCCAAUGCGCCGAAUACCUCAAGCUCGGCCUCAUGGGCGUCAGCGUCCUCUACUCCAGCGGCGACUACGGCGUCGCCGGCAACGGCGGCCAAUGCAUCAACCCGGACGGCACCUACAACAACGGCAACAGCGGACGCUUCAACCCUUCCUUCCCGGGCUCCUGCCCCUGGAUCACCUCCGUCGGCGCCACGCAGGUGAAACCGCACAUCUCGCUGCCCAACGCGCUGGCCUCGGGCACAGAGCCGGAGAAGGCUUGUGAGACGGUGAUUUACUCCGGCGGAGGCUUUAGCAACGUCUUCCCACUCCCUGGGUAUCAGCGGAAGGAAGUCACUUCGUAUUUCGCGAACAACAUGCCCCCGUACACCAGCGCGCAGUACAACAACAGCCAGGAGACGCGCGGGAUCCCGGACAUCAGCGCGAACGGCGCUAAUUACGUCGUCGCUGUUGAUGGGCAGUUCGCCAAGGUCUACGGGACGUCUGCGUCGAGCCCGACGUUGGGGGCGAUUUUGACGCUGAUCAAUGAGGAGCGGUUUUCGAGGGGGUUGAGCAGUAUUGGGUUUGUUAACCCGGUGGCGUAUAAGAACCCGGGUGUGUUUAAUGAUAUUACGGCGGGCAGCAACCCUGGGUGUGGGACGGAUGGGUUUCAGGCGGUGCCGGGGUGGGACCCGGUGACUGGGCUUGGGACGCCGAAUUAUCCGAAGAUGUUGAAGUUGUGGUUGUCGUUGGGUUAA